AGACGUGGGUAAAACAGAUCCACAGCUCUCCCACAAAAUAGGCAACUGCAGCUGCGAAGAUCCUAUUACGACAUUUCUCCCCAGUCUCCAUGGAUACUCUUUCGAGCCCUGUUUCAACCAUCAAAGUCCCUGCACUUCACUUAGCACAUCGUGAAUUCUAUCACUUCAAAACUCUCUCAACAUCUUAUCAACUUCCCCCUCAUCUCACUACCAAAUACAAUCCAAUCUCCAACAAAACCACCACUCAGUUCCCGUAUCUCAAGACCCUUCAUUCUCCACAAUCGUACACUUCUCAGAGUUCUUCGCUCAGGUCAUCUCCCAAUAUCCACCGAAACCCAGCAAGCGGCUACGCUGCGGCACUUGUAGACAUAUCCCAGUGCAACAAUUCCCUUGAAACUGUCCAAAAGGAUGUCGAAAGAUUGUUGAAGCUGCUCCAAAGUGAACAAGCACAGGCUGUUUUGGCCAAUCCGCUUGUGGGUGAGAAAAAUAAAGGACAGUUGGUGAAGGAAUUGGCAAAGAAGGGGAAAAUGAAUAGGCUUUUGGUGAGACUGUUGAAGAUGUUGAUAAACAGAAACAAAGUAACGAUGGUGAGUGAAGUGUUGAUGGAGUUUCUGAGGAUAUAUGAUGAGCUGAGUGGCACUAAAGUGGUUCUGGUUUCGUCUAAGAAGAAGAUGGAGGAGGGUGAGCUGUUUGGAAUUGCUCGAACUGUGCAAAAGCUUAGCGGGGCUGUCAAGGUGAAGAUAAUGAAUUUGAUUGGCGUAGUAGGUGAUAAGUUGCCAUCCUUUGCUGUGUAACUAAGCUCCAUAUCUGUGUAAAGAUUUAAUAUUUAAUGCAAAAUUAGCUCUCUGAAAAUGGAUCUAGUUUUAAACA